CGUAGCAGGGGCUGAGCUGCUCGUGCGGCUGGAAUCCUGCUGCAUCGGCUGCUGCUCGUCUUGUAGAAUUUAACUGAACUUGGAGGAUGAAGUCCAACCUAAUGCAUUUGGUUCCCCCAGUGAGCAGAAAAAGAAUAAUCUCCCAGUUUCCCAAGUGGUACACACCUGAGGCCUGUCUGCAGUUUAAAGAGCACUUCCAUGCACAGGUCAGGACUGCUUGUCAGCAGAGCACUGGAACAGAUGGGCUGAAAAUAUCCAAAGUGGUUGUGGUAGGAGACCUGUAUGUUGGGAAAACCAGUCUUAUCAAAAGAUUUUGUAAAGGUAAUUUUGACCGAGACUACAAGGCGACGAUUGGGGUAGAUUUUGAGAUUGAACGUUUUGAGAUAAUUGGAAUGCCAUAUAAUCUCCAGAUAUGGGACACAGCAGGUCAGGAGAAGUUCAAGUGCAUUGCAUCUGCUUACUACCGAGGAGCAGAGGUUAUAAUAACAGUGUUUGAUCUGGCUGAUAUCCAAACUUUGGAUCACACCAAACAGUGGCUAGAAGAUGCAUUGAGGGAGAAUGAGCCAGAUUCCAGCUUCAUCUUUCUGGUUGGAACAAAAAAAGAUUUGGUGUCAGAUGCCGUGUGUGAAAGGACAGAGCUGGAAGCCAUCCGUUUUGCCAAGGAGAUGCAGGCAGAAUACUGGUCGGUUUCAGCCAAAACAGGAGAAAAUGUCAAAGAAUUCUUCUCCCGAGUUGCUGCCUUGGCCUUUGAACAGUCCAUGAUAAAGGAGCUGGAAAACACUCCUGGGCACAGGGCCCAAAUUGGGGCAGGAAAUCUCAUCAAACUAGAGGAGAACAUUAUGGAAGUUCCAGAAGACCACGCUCAAGUCAGCCUGAGUUGCUGCUAACUGUCAACUGUUUCUGCAAGUGCCACGCUUCUCUGCAACAAUGCUCUCAAACUAGAAAUAGAGAGCUUUAAUUUUAGAAAUGAGGGAGGAAAAACUUCCCCAGACUUUCUUGCUGAGAGUUCCCUUGCUGCUGCGGGUUCCCUCCUCUCCGUGCAGGGUGGUACAAUUGUUUGUAAACCUUUCUCUGUGUAGUGGAAACAUAGCACCCUUGCCUUAAUGCAAGCAGACAUUGCCAGUGCCAAGGGGUCACCUGUCUGCCAGAAAGGCUUGUAGUCAAAAAUGAUGUCAUUUUAGUGUGUUGUUUUUUGAUAAUUCUCUAGAAAUCUCAGCUAGUGAAGUGGCAUUCUCGUGGGAGCAGGAAACAAGUGGCAGUUCAGACUUAAGGGUGCUAUCAAUAUGGUUUUUCCCUUUUAAAAUCAUUGUGUUAAAUAACUCUAAUUUGCUUUUAUGCAUUCCAAGUAUUUUUUAAAACUAUUUGAAAGUAAAUCUUUUAAAGUAUCAGGCCUGGAAGUACACAAAUGCAGACUUCAUAAUUUCCACCGUGGCUUCUCCAUCCAGGAAAAAUAUGUAUUACUUUUCAUUUUCCACUUGAGAAUCAGAGCCCAGUAUUAAAUAUUUCCAAGCCUAAAAGAAGUCCAGGUAGGAACUUGGUUGUUUUAACAAAGCUGUCUAAUAUUUUGAAAAUAUUGCCAGGUAAGAAUGCUAUUCUUUUCCAUUCUCUUGAAUAAGAAAGAAUGGUCACACAGGUGCAUAAUAUGGAAAACAUUUUAUUUCCCUCUAAUUUUUCCAAUAACUCUCUAAACUCUAAUAUGCUCUUGUAUCUAGCUUAAAAUUCCGUGUUUCUAGGAUUCAUAUUGAGCAUUUUAGGCUUGUUGGCAUUAAAAAAAAAACCAACAAUGCUCUGAAUUUCAUACUGCAAUUAUUUUAAAUGGAGAGAAAGAAGAAAACAUAUGAACAGUUACAAGGUACAGUUUCCUGAGAUAUUUAUUCAAUCACUGCAGUAUCUUUAAAAAUCAUUAUAGCCGUACUCAGAUUUAAGCUGCUGAGAAAUGAAGACAUUUUUUAAUAAAGAAAUGCAUCAAUCUGAAAAUAUUCUGGAUUCUCUGCCAUUUUUCCCACUUUGAUAAGAAAUGGGAAAAAUAGAGAAAAGAUAGCUUGAAUAUGCUUUUUAUUACUUUUUCCUUUUGACGUAAGUCAGAGCAGCUUCCUAGAAUAUGAUGAAUAGAGAUCUAGGAACUCUGUGUCUUUUUUUAUCAGGCAAUCUUCACUUUGGCAAUUGAGCUGCCUGUUGGCAAGGACACAAAUGUAGCAUUUGGUGGAAAAAAAUGAAUCUGUGAGGGUACAAAAGGAGCUCUUCAUCCAAAUGUGUAAUGUUUCGACCUUAUGAUAUUCUAUGCAGUUGUUCAAUUCCAGAGGUGAAUUUACACUGUGCUUGUAGCAUGUGCUGUGCUGGGUGGGCAGCGUGGCCGUGGCCUUUUUGUUUCCUGAGCCUGAGCGGAGAUGGUUCACUCUGCUGCAGCAAACCAGGUCAGCUGGGCUUCAGUGCUGACAUGAGAGACGGUGUUUACACUGCCAAAUGACUCGGGAACAAAUCUAAGAAAAGAUCUGCUUUGGUUUUUUUUUUUUUUUUUUUCCCAAUGAAGAAAUAUAUAUCCUAAGGGUUUCUUCUGUUGCUGAGCUCAAUUAUUGUACGAAGUCACAGAGAUGCAAUCUUUUCAACAGCACAAUCGUGUUCUCUAGAAAAUCAAAUGGAACAGCUUUUUCCUAGGGAUUCAGCACAUUGCAUGGUGUUAUUACUGUUCUGUAUCAUCUGGAGCUCCAAAAACUUCACAUACAAAUGCAAUACUCUGUCAGUCAUCAGCUAUCAUGGGACAAGAGCCCAAGUCUGUUUAUUAAAUGAUGGAUGCUUUGGGUGGUUUUUGGUUGGUAUUUUGUGGGGGGUUUUGUUGUCAUUUUUUGUUUGUGUUUGUGGUUUUUUGCUUUCUUGGUUGGUUUUAAGGGUAUUUUUAGCACCACUGAAGCCUCCCCUGCAAAGAAAUCCAUGUUACUAGUUUAUCAUCUAAAAUAAUUUUUGGAUCAUGUGGCAAAUGAUGAGUUGCUUAGGAAAGCAUGAAGUAAGCUAAAUAUAGAAAAGAAAUAUAAAUUAGUAAGUUCGACCUGGCCAGUGUUUUAUCUCUGUAAAUCCAUUCUAUCAGCAACUUAAUUGACUUUGAAGAAGCCUUAAUAUUUUGGCAAACAGUGUUGAAAAAACUUUAUUAACUCUAACUAUAGGUAGGCUAAACCACAACAUCUAUACCAGUUGAAAUCCCCCAGUCAUCAUGGCAACAGUCACGGUUUCAGCUUCCUUGUGGAAUUUGCAGGUGAGAAAUUGAAGUAAACUUUGGAGUCAGCCUGAAGCAAAGGUUAACAGCAAUUGUAACAAUCCAUUUCCCAAAAGAAGUACUGAAGUUGUGUUGUUCCUAUCUUUAAUAAGUAAAGGCUAACAUGUGCAUGGAUUAUGGAUGCG